AUGAAUAUUAUUAUUCCAAUUAAUUUUUCUUAUUUAUUUUUCAACUUUUUUCUUCUUCUAAAUUAUAUUAAUUGUUUAAAUAUUUUACAAAUUGUGCCAGGCUUCACAAAUUCUCAUGUUUUAUUUAAUUAUAGACUUGCGGAAGAAUUGACUAAAUUAGGGCAUUCUGUUGUUUUAUGGACACAAAUGGAAAUGAAUAUGGUAAUUCGUGAGUCUAUUCAAUUCAAGGAUAAAUUGAAAGUUGAGGGACUGAAGGUUUUUCAAGAAAUGAUUUUUGAGAGUGGCACUCCUUAUGAACUUUGGUGGACCGGCAGAGAAUUUAAAGAAAUGCGUUUAGAAGCAUGUGAACAAAUGCUUGGAGAAGGACGUGCAAAAUUGCUUUCCUCUGUAAAAUACCAAAAAUUUGAUUUGGCAAUUGGGCAUUUUCAUGAUUUUUGUCCAGUAGCUAUGGCUCGUUCUGUGGGAGUUUAUAGAAUGAUUUGGAUUACUCAUGGCCCUUCACUUUAUGAUUUUACUUCUUUAUCCUUUGGUCUACGAACAUUUCCUUCAUUUGUUCCACAUCCUCUUUCCUUCAAUUCAGACAGAAUGAAUUUUUUACAACGUUUAAUUAAUGUUAUCUGGCAUUUUUCUGGUAUAGAAUUUGUAAAUCUUCCAAAUGUUUUACUUCACGAAGAGAAUUCUCUAUACAAAAAAUUUUUUACAAAAUCUAAAAAUCUUUGGAGUGUUGGUCAACAAGUUUCUGUUCUUUUAUUAAAUGGAGAACGUUUCCUAGAUUUUCCAAGGCCAUUACCUACAUUUAUUUUAAAUUUGGGUUCACUAGCUUCUAAACAACAAAAGUUAAAUAAAUUAAUUUUGGAUUCAGAGAUUGAGUCUAUUUAUUCGAAGAAGGGAAGUAAAGGUUGGUUGAGGGCUUUGCAUGGCCCUAACUUUAUGAUUUUCAUAAAGUGUAGGGAUAGAUCCACCUCAAAAUAUAUUGGACAUUUUUAA